AUGGAUCAAGAGCACUUCUCUUGCUGGAGUCCUCCCAGAGAUGAUUUGGAUGGCCUGCUUGAGCGAUAUGAUGCCUCGACAUCGAACCCAGAGAUUGACAGGACUACCUGGACGAAUCAAAGUAAUGUGUCAUCUCCUGCUCAAUCGCCCCAAUACCUCGUUGAUCCUUCCAGCUCAGGCAUUGUCAGAUCACCGCUUCAACAGCCAACUUCCAGAUCUUUCCCGCAACGAAGAACUGCAUCUGCAAGUCAAGUCCCUGCACUGAACUACGGAGACCAAGGCCUUCCAGCGGCCACUUUCGAGCCUCCCUUACGAUCAAUCUUCGUAUCGGGUCCACCUACUGCCUCAGUCUCAGCAAACACGGCCCUGGCCUCGCUCAGCGCUGCAGCCUCCUCGAGCACCUCUGGUCCUUUGGCCGCUUUGACUAGUGCCGGUGGGAACCGGCGGAGCAACACGCGAGCAGGAGACAUCACGCCGUCCUCAUCCCCGCCGGUAGUCAACAUUAAACAUCCUGUCCUCAAUCUAGAAAAAGACGUCGAUGACCCCACGACAAAUGCAGUCAACAAUCCUUUCGAUGCCACAUCCGCCAACACCUCUGCAGGCCCGGCCCGACUAUUUAUCACAAGUGAUCGAACAAGUCCUGGCCCCAUUUCGAGGGGCCCUUCGCACAUUCGGCCCAUGUGCGGUGUUGGUCGAAGUUUAGGUGACACAUCGACAUUGGCGGGGCAUCUUUUCCACCAUGGCUUCGAGGAAGGCCGCCACUCAGACAUCACGGUCUAUGCGUUUGGUCAAGGCUACAGACUUCACAAAUUGCUCCUCGAUCGGGUUCCAUACUUCUCCUCGGCCUUCUCCGGCGCAUGGGCAGAGAGUGUGGCGAAAGAAAUGAGGAUUGCGCCUGAAGAGAUUGAUCCGAAUAUUACGAAGAACGCCUUUGAGCUGGCUUUGAAGAGAAUUUAUGGCAGGCAAUUUCCAGUCGAGGAAGAGGAGGAAGCCAUCGGACUGUUUGCGGCCGCUUGUUGGUUAGACAUGCCCGAUUUGAUCGACUCUUGUGUCGAAUCCAUCCUUCGCCAGAUGCAGCCUGCCACACUGCAUAGUCUGAUCAAGCUUGUGACAAACAAUUACUAUGGAAAGGCUGGUGAGCGCAUUCUCUCUUCUGCCAAAGCCAUGCUUUGCAGGGAAGGUUGGGAAAUGCCGUACGAAUACUGGGAUGAGAUCCCCGCCGAAAUUGUCCGUGAGAUUGUUGGAGGCGAUCCGUUCUUCAUCCCCGGUGAAUGGGACCGGUGGUAUCUUGCACUAAAGCUGUUAAAUCGGCGUUUGCGGGCCAAAGCCGUCGAGGCCGGACUUGUAUCGCCUGGCGGCCGAUACCUUUGUCCGGAGCCAAGCGGUCUUCGAUUCUUUGCCGUACGAGUUGACACACCUUGUAGAAUAGCUAGCAACUAUAGGUAUGUGUCGGAAAAGGAUGAAGCCUGGAUUGCUCUAUACACCUCACCCGAGAUCGCGCCGUUGUUGGUUUUGCUCGACGAAGGAAUUCAUUAUGUACACUUGCGAUUCGAACAAUUGCAGCAGAUUCGGUCGCAGAGAGACAUCGUCGGAGUUCCCGUGCUUCCGGAAAAGGUGAUAUCUGAUGCCUUGUGGAUGUCAAUGGAACUUCGACAAAAGGUGCUCAACGCCCGGCCAACCGACAUUGAACUCGGUUUGAGUGAAGAAGCUGAGGAUUGUGAUGACACUGAACACGAGGCAGGUCAAGCUGGGGGGGACAAUAAAGGAAAGUUGCGAGGACAUCACCAGGGGUCUUCCAAUGAAGUUCCUCAGGAUAUGGCGUCUAGGUCAUGGGAUGGCAAUGGUAAGCCCCGAAAGUUUUGGAUCCCUAGCCACGAUGUGUCCUGUGUCAUGGGAGGCACUCGAGAAGCGUGUCUGGCGGCAAAUUCCACCAGCAUCGCGGAAUGGAGCACGCACGCAGCCAGGCUAUCAGCCAGUCUGGAGCCCACCGACGUCGCCUGGGCUCUCGACUUCAACACGGGAAAUGUGAUCGAAAGCAGAAGACAGCCUUCGCGAGGUUAUUCGCCCACUUCGGGGGCUCGUUAUAGCUACUAUCCGCCGUUCCGCUUUUCCGCUGAGUUUCCCAACCCCAGGACUCUCAAGGAGGGGAAGCGAGUCUACUCACACACUGUAUGGUAUGCCGGCAGUAUGUGGAAUCUGUAUAUUCAGCGCGUCAACCAUUCCAAAAUCCAGCAGUUGAGUAUGUACUUGCAUCGUGCCAAAGACAAAACCCCCAAUGAUGGUCCCCUGGCACAAUUUAUACCUGCGUCUGUCGACGACCGCAUUGGACAGCUGGAACGUGAGAUGCUACUUCGAAAGAGCGAACGGCGAAACCAGAAUUGGAGGGUGGACGAGGCGGCCCGAGGAUCAGAGGCUGAACGGGAGGAUGAAUCUACGGAAUCAACAAAUGACUAUGACAUUGCAAACCCCCAGGAUCAUGAGGGUGAAAGCUCCAUAUCCACGCGGCGCUUAGGAGAGCCACCACAGACACAAAAGACUUCGCCGACUCCGGCAACGGCACGGCCAGCCUCCGGCGAAAUUUGGCCUCCCGGUGCGCGGAUGCUGGACGAAGACGGGGAAGAUGAAGAGCUGGUGCGGACGAAUAGAAAGUUCAACGUUUCAGCCAUGCCUCCGUACAUGGACCCUCGGCCGACAAUCCAAACUUAUUUCAAGAUCUAUUCACCGAGCAAAGCUGGACGGCUCCUGAGCAUUUACGAAAGCGCGCCAGAUAGGUUCGAUGUGAGUAAGAGCUGGGGUUGGAAGAGUAGCCAGAUGCACCUUGAUGACGGAAUUGGGGACUGUGACACUACCAAAACCUCCAAACACGGCAAUUUAAGAUAUAUGGUUGUGAUUGGAAAUAUUUAG